UUUAAUUAUAAUAAUGCACCAAAAAUUUUCUCAUGUUUUAGUGAAUUACAAAGAUAAUAGAAAUACUAAAAGUGAAAAAAGGUUAAGAGGUAGAGAUUCACCUUAUAAAAUUUAUUAAAAUCUAACAGAUAACAAUUCUAACUAAUCCAAAGAGUUUAAUCGACCUCAAAGUUUGAUAUUUAUUCAUAUAAUAGAUAAUUAGAUCAGAUCUAAUCAUUCUUUAUAAAGAUCAAUUGAUAUUCAUGAUUUAAAUAGGUCUUAAAAUACCAGGCAUUCUUUUUAUAGAAUAAAAACUGAAAAUGACGGACCAAUAGAAAUAAAUUAGAGAAACUAGAUUAAACCUACCUCCUUGUAUUUAAGUAAAUUAAUCUACUAUUACAUAAGAUUAAAUUGAAAUACAAAGAAACUCUUUAAACACUUCAAAUAAGACACCAACAAGUAAGGCUAAUAGAUUUAGAUUAAUAAAAUUGAAUUAAGGAAGGUUUUUUAUUUAUAACAUAUAUAGUGUAAAGAGAAAUCUAGAAUAGCCGUAACUUAUAAUUCUUUUAGCUCUAGAUUAAUGAAUAAUUAUCAAUAUAGCCCAAUAAUCGUAGAUGUAUUUUUUAUAUUUACAUUUUAGAAAUCAGUCCUUAAAUCAAUUAUGAUAAUGAUAAUUUCAAUAAAAUAUCCUUAAUUAAUUAGUAUCAAAAGAAAAAAAAUGAAGAAAGAAGCAAUUCAAGUUCAGAUUAAUUAAAAAAAUCAAUAUUUUAAUAAAUAUAAGAUUUUAAUUAAACCAAAUUAGAGUAUAAAUAAUUUAUAUUUAUUAAAAUAGUCAAAUUCAUUUAGCUAAACAAGAAGACUAUAUGAAGUUUUCUUUUGGGUUUCAAUAUAAUCAGCUAAGAUCAACAAAAAAAUUUCCAAAAGAUGUUUUUUAUAAUAAUGUAAGCAAAGCCAAAAAAAUUUUAUCAACAUAAUGA